AGGGUUUGGUUGUUCUCACGCAUCAAUGACUCCAACUCCAACACCAAGAGCUCCAAUCGCUGACGAUUCGAUUAAUCUUCAAGUCGAUCAAAGUUUCCGAUCAUUACCAACAACUUUCCCUCCGAUUCCGUUGCAAUUACUCGAACAAAAAGUCGAGAAGAUCACCGUCGAGGAGCCGAAGAAAGACGGCGGAGAUCAGAAAGAAGACGAGCAUUUCAGAAUCUUAGGUCAUCAUAUGUGUCUCAAAAGGCAAAGAGAUUGUCCACUUUUGUUAACUCAAGCGAAGCAUCCAAAGAGAAGUUCCAUUGGUGAUUCAGAUCUGGAAUCGAGACGUGCUGCUGUACGAGCUUGGGGUGAUCAACCAAUUCAUUUGGCGGAUCCUGAUAUUCAUGAGCUAAUGGAGAAAGAGAAGCAAAGACAAGUAAGAGGAAUUGAAUUGAUUGCUUCUGAGAAUUUUGUGUGUAGAGCUGUAAUGGAAGCUUUAGGUAGUCAUUUGACGAAUAAAUACUCUGAAGGUAUGCCUGGAGCUAGGUACUAUACUGGGAAUCAAUAUAUUGAUCAGAUUGAGAAUCUUUGUAUUGAAAGAGCUCUUACUGCGUUUGGUCUUGAAUCUGAUAAAUGGGGUGUUAAUGUUCAGCCGUAUUCUUGUACUUCUGCUAAUUUUGCGGUGUAUACCGGACUUUUAUUGCCCGGUGAACGGAUUAUGGGGCUCGAUUCUCCUUCUGGUGGUCAUAUGAGUCAUGGGUAUUGUACUCCUGGUGGGAAGAAGAUUUCGGCUGCUUCGAUUUUCUUUGAGAGUUUUCCUUAUAAAGUGAAUCCUCAAACUGGGUAUAUUGAUUAUGAUAAGCUUGAAGAUAAGGCGCUUGAUUACCGUCCAAAGAUUCUUAUUUGUGGAGGGAGUUCUUAUCCUAGGGAUUGGGAUUUUGCAAGGGUUAGACAGAUUGCUGACAAGUGUGGAGCUGUUUUGAUGUGUGAUAUGGCUCAUAUAAGCGGGCUUGUUGCGACUAAGGAAUGUUCAAAUCCAUUUGAUCACUGUGACAUAGUUACCUCCACUACCCACAAAGGUCUACGUGGUCCUAGAGGAGGUAUCAUCUUCUACAGGAGAGGCCCAAAGAUAAGAAAGCAGGGCCAUCACUCAAGCCAUUCUGACACUUCCACGCAUUACGAUUUAGAGGAAAAGAUCAACUUUGCUGUUUUCCCAUCUCUACAAGGAGGUCCACACAACAACCAUAUCGCAGCUCUUGCCAUUGCCUUGAAACAAGUGGCCACUCCAGAAUACAAAGCUUACAUACAACAGAUGAAGAAAAACGCCCAAGCUUUAGCAGCAGCUCUGCUUAGAAGAAAAUGUAGACUGGUUACAGGUGGCACAGACAACCAUUUGUUGCUGUGGGAUCUCACUCCUAUGGGCUUAACAGGGAAAGUCUACGAGAAAGUGUGUGAGAUGUGCCAUAUCACUUUAAACAAGACAGCUAUAUUCGGGGACAAUGGUACAAUAUCUCCUGGAGGUGUAAGAAUAGGGACACCUGCGAUGACAACGCGAGGCUGUAUAGAGUCUGAUUUCGAGACAAUGGCGGAUUUUCUGAUAAAGGCGGCUCAGAUAACGAGUGCGUUGCAGAGAGAGCAUGGGAAGUCACACAAGGAGUUUGUGAAAAGUUUAUGCACCAACAAAGACAUAGCUGAGCUUAGAAACCGAGUCGAAGCAUUUGCUUUGCAGUAUGAGAUGCCUGCUUCACUUAUUCGAAUUGAAUGAAAGAAAUUUCCACACAACAGCUUUCGUUACAGUUGAAUUUAUCUUAUCUUUGGGAUCAAUUUUUUUUUUUUUUUGGAGUUCUAUCAUGUAAAUUAGAGUAAAUAUAUAUUUUAUCA